AUGUUGCCGGCGGAUAUCACCCAGGCGUUUGCCGUGAUCCAGCAGGACCUGAUCAGCUUUCCUGCAAACAUCACUCCUGCGUCUGCCACGAUUUCUCCGACCUCCAGCACUUCCCUGACCCUUCGCAACUCCAGCACGGGCAUGAGCUUGGGCAUACAUCCUGGUCGGAAGCUCAAAGUACACGACCUGGACAUUAAUGGCCUCGAGAAGAUCACCGCGGCUCAUGGCUCCGAGAUUAGUACUCUCAAGAAGACUUCCGCGAUUCAUGGCUCUGACAUCAACGGUCUCAAGACUGGCGUCAACACUCCAUAG